UCAUAUUCUAAUACUAAAUACGUUAUACUUCCAAAUCCCAACCCAACCCCCUGUUCCUUUCUUGUUAUAUAAACUUCAAAUUUACAUCCAACAUAUAGAGAGAGGGGAUAUGGGUACUGUCUCCAAAACUCCCUCAAGAAUGUGUCUUUUUGUUCUAAUCAACUUGGCGUUGAUGGCGGCGGCGGCGGCGGCAGCAGGGCGAGUCGAUCCAGAGGUGCUGGCCCGACAAGAGGCUGACCGGGUUGUGAAACUACCCGGACAGCCUCGUGUUGAAUUCAGGCAAUAUUCUGGCUAUGUUAAUGUUAAUGAAAGCCAUGGAAGAGCUCUGUUUUAUUGGUUCUUUGAGGCCUUCAAUGAACCUGAAAACAAACCUCUUCUUCUAUGGCUUAAUGGAGGUCCUGGAUGUUCAUCAAUUGGGUAUGGAGCAGCAGAAGAGUUGGGUCCUUUCUUCCCCAUGAAGAACACAAGAGAUCUCAAAUUCAAUAAACACACAUGGAACAAAGCUGCCAAUCUUCUUUUUAUCGAUUCCCCGGUUGGUGUCGGGUUUUCCUACACAAACACCAGCAGCGAUAUCGCCCAACUUGGCGAUAAAAAUACGGCCUUGGAUUCGUAUAAAUUUCUUUUGGGAUGGUUCAAAAGGUUCCCUCAAUUCAAAUCCCAUGAAUUCUACCUUUCUGGAGAAAGCUAUGCAGGGCAUUAUGUUCCUCAACUUGCUGAGAUGAUCUACGACAAUAACAAGAAAGCUUCAGAGAAGGAACAUAUUAACCUUAAAGGAUUCAUAAUUGGAAACGCAUUGAUGGACGAUGGAACCGAUCAGAGGGGAAUGGUGGAUUACGCGUGGGAUCAUGCAGUCAUAUCGGAUCAAGUCUACCACGAGAUAAACAAAAAAUGCGUCUUCAAUUUCAGUGAGCUGAAUCCGCCUCUGGCUUGCAACAAAGCUCUCAAUAAGUACUUCGAAGUCUACAAUCUCAUUGACAUGUACAGCCUUUACGCACCCACAUGUCCCAAACCAAGAAAGCACCAGCGAACCCCCAUCAAAGGGGCCGCACCUAAACUCUUCUCCAAGUUUGAGAAAUGGCACAUGAAACCAUCUGGGUACGAUCCAUGCACCACUGCUUACACAGAGGCAUAUAUGAACCGACCUGAAGUUCAGCGAGCGCUACAUGCCAACGUCACCAACAUCCCUUAUCGUUGGACUCAUUGCAGUGAUGCUAUCAAUAACUGGAAAGAUGCCCCCUUUUCCAUCCUACCAAUCAUCAAGAAACUAAUUUCAGGCGGCUUAAGGAUAUGGGUUUACAGUGGGGACACCGAUGGAAGAAUCCCAGUAACCUCGACAAGAUUAACCCUAAACAAGCUUGGUUUAAAAACAAAGAAAGAAUGGUCUCCUUGGUACACUAAUAUACAACAGGUUGGUGGGUGGACAAUUGAGUAUGAAGGGCUUACAUUUGUAACAGUAAGGGGAGCAGGGCAUGAAGUACCAACAUUUAAAGCUAAGGAGGCUCUUCAGCUAAUCAGACAUUUCUUACUGAAUAAGAAGUUGCCAUCGACUCCAUUUGAUUGAUCGAAUAAUCCAGUUUACAUGUAGCAAAUUAUAGCAGUAGCAGUAAUUCUUUCUAUACAAACCAAUUUGAAGGCAGCAAAUGCAUCACUUUAUUAUCUGCUAAACUUUCUAUACAAAUCCCAACUUUGAUUUUCAUA